CUUUUUUUUUUCUUUUUUUUUUUAACUUGAUUAAAAUGAAUGUGAAGGUAAUUUUAGGACAAUCAUGGAGUCUCCGUCUCCAGAUAGGUAAAGACAAGGCUCGUGAAUUGUACAUCUCCUAUGGUGACAGAAAUGUGAAUGUGAAUGUCAACAAAGUAGGGAGCCAAAAAUAAAAACGACUUCGGCUGCUGGCCCCCCAUCUCUUUUGAAGAUACCUACAUUUGUCAAAUUGUCAUGAUCAAAAAGCCAAACCAUCUUUUUUGUGAUUCCAAGAGUUUUUUCCAUUUGUUAUAAAGUUUUUCUUUCUCAUAUUCCCUGCUUUUCUAAUCUUCUUCUUCUGUUAGACGUAUCUAGCUUCUUCAACAACUAAGGAACAAAUGGGUAAUCCUCAAAUGUUAGCAUUUUAUAUCACUGUAAGUUGUAUCGCUUUUGUCAUAUCAAAGAUCAUUAUUUCAAUCCUCCUCUAUAAGCGAUGGAAAAGAAAGCACUUGGUUUAUGAAGAUGACUUCUCAGGUGGGAAGAUGGUCAUGUUUAGGUCUCCGAUAAUGCAGUCUCUCAAAUCAGAUGCAUUUUUGAAGAAGACGUUGAAACUGAGCAACAAGGAUAUCAUUGGAUCUGGAGGCUAUGGAACAGUAUAUAAACUGACAGUAAGUGACUCCACGGCCUUUGCCGUGAAAAGACUGAACAGAGGAACUGCAGAAAGAGACCGAGGCUUUGAGAGAGAGUUGGAGGCAAUGGGGGACAUAAAACAUCGAAAUAUAGUAACUCUCCACGGAUACUACACUGCCCCUCACUAUAACCUUCUUAUCUAUGAGCUAAUGCCUAAUGGGAGCUUGGAUACAUUUCUACAUGGAAAGGGAAUGAACAAGAAGUUUUUAGAUUGGCCAUCCAGAUACAAAAUAGCUUUAGGUGCAGCAAGAGGAAUUUCAUACCUCCAUCACGAUUGCAUCCCUCAUAUAAUCCAUAGAGACAUCAAGUCGAGCAAUAUCUUGCUGGAUCAAAACAUGGAGGCUCGAGUAUCCGACUUUGGACUGGCAACAUUGAUGGAACCAGAUAAGACUCAUGUCUCAACAUUUGUAGCUGGAACUUUUGGAUACUUGGCUCCUGAAUAUUUUGACACAGGAAGAGCAACAGCUAAAGGAGAUGUUUACAGUUUUGGAGUUGUUUUACUAGAACUUCUAACCGGGAAAAAGCCAACAGAUGAAGCAUUUAUUGAGGAGGGAACCAGGCUUGUAACAUGGGUGAAGACAGUUGUUGAACAGAAGAGGGAAGACCAUGUGCUCGACAGCAACCUAGAAUGUUGCACAGUGGAUGAGAAUGAGAUUAACAGUGUAUUCAACAUUGCAUUAAUAUGCCUGGAACCGGAGCCAUCCAAGAGACCUAGCAUGGCUGAAGUUGUCAAGAUGCUUGAGCAAAUCAAAAUAACAAAGUUUAUUUAGACUGUUAAUCUUUCCCCAAAAUGCAUCGUCUUUCUUCAAGUGUAUAUUUAAAAGUCAAUGCCUUUCCACAAAAGUCUCCCUAGCCUUCCCAACAAAAAAGAUACGUCAUUAUAAUAAGCACUAUAUUACCAUGCCCUACUCUCCAAUUAAUAUAAGCAAACUUGAUUUUCUAAA